UCGUCAUCCUUUUUUUUUUUUUGUCUCGUCCUAUAUAUAAGAUAGCCGUCUUUUUCAUAAGUCUGGACUGGUUUUUGCACUUGAAGCUUGAGGGAGAGAAACAAUGGUUCUCGUAAAGCCCCAGAAUUCAAGGCCUUAUUCGAUGAGGUAUCAGGUCAAAUACAGGAGAAGAAGAGAUGGCAAGACUGAUUAUCGUGCCAGAAUCCGUCGUCUUAUCAAUCAAGACAAGAACAAAUACAACACUCCAAAGUAUCGCUUUGUUGUUAGAUUUACAAACAAAGACAUAACGGCACAGCUUGUAUCUGCGAGCAUUGCUGGUGAUGUAAUUCUUGCUGCUGCUUAUGCUCACGAGCUGCCGCAAUAUGGGCUUAAUGUUGGUCUUACAAACUAUUCUGCAGCAUACUGUACUGGACUUCUCCUGGCUCGACGUGUCCUGAAAAUGUUUGAAAUGGAUGCAGAGUAUGAAGGAAAUCUCGAGGCCUCUGGGGAAGAUUUCUCAGUGGAACCUACUGAGAACAGGAGACCGUUCCGUGCUCUUCUUGACGUUGGACUUAUCAGAACAACUACCGGAAACCGUGUCUUUGGUGCUCUGAAGGGUGCACUUGAUGGUGGUCUUGAUAUACCUCAUAGCGACAAGAGAUUCGCGGGAUUCUCCAAAGAAAACAAACAGCUCGAUUUCGCAACUCACGCCAAAUACAUCUAUGGUGGUCAUGUUGCGGAUUACAUGAAGACUCUAAACGAAGACGAGCCCGAGAAAUUCCAGACUCAUUUCAGUGAGUAUGUGAAGAAAGGCAUUGAAGCAGAUGAAAUGGAGGCAUUGUACAAGAAGGUUCAUGCCGCGAUCCGAGCUGACCCGUUAGCUAAAAAGGCUGGGAAGCAAUCUCUAAAGGAGCAUAAGAGGUUUAACUUGAAGAAGCUUACUUAUAAACAGAGGAAAGCUAACUUGAUUGACCGUAUUACUACACUUAACUCUGCUGCUGAAGCCAUCGAUGAAGAUGACAACGAGUGAAAACGUUUUUCUCAUUAAAUCUUGGCAAAAUUCUUUAUUUCCGUCCAGUUUUGAUCUACCUUCGUGGCUUUGAAUUUUUACUAUAGAUAUAUUUACUCUUUUUCCUACUUGUGAAUUUACAUUUUGCAAGCGUUUUAAAAUUAUCAAUAAAAAAUAAACCGAAAGGUAGAAUUUGAAAA